AUGAACAACACAUUCAACGACUUGUUCAAGAAGGCUCAUGGGGCCUUGGCCACAUUAAGAGGCCAGAAUAAUAUGUUUCUCGGGAAAGACGGGGAGAUUGUGUAUUCCAAGAACAAUGUUUGUGUUCAUGAAUCCUCGGUGGGAGGUGUGCCGGUAAGUCAAUUUGCAUAAAUGUUAUUCAAUACUCAGGAAGUGGAUGAAAGUAACGUGGUUCAUACUCCCGGUUAUCUGACGAUACAUUGUCUCAAUGAUGAACACACAGGAGUCACGCUAGUCCUUCAAUGGCUUCCCAAUGCCACUCUCGAAAAGAACCCCAGCAGGUAAACAACAACAAAAUAACCUCGCUUCUCCAGACUCCAAAAAAAAACUAAUUAGUUCCAGCAUCCGUUGCGUGUCCCCGAGAAGCAGGGCCAAAGUGAGUAAUGGGGAUAUUUCUGAGCCCGCCACUGUCAAUAACAACGGCCCAACAAUCAUGGUCGAACCAACUGUUGUAUUCGAGGAAGAAGCCUCGACAUCCAACGAAAGACCUCAGACUCUGAAUACGGUAAGACCAAGUCAUACUUCAAUCUGCGUUUAGCUCGACUGUGAUCUCGGAGUUCCUUCAAUUAACGUUAUUCCAAACACUCCAGUUGAUCCGGGCCAAAACAAGUUAUUAGAAGGAUUUGACGAAGAUGAGCUUGAUGCCAUGAAGAAAGCUUCAGAAUCUGCUCGAAGUCGUGACGCGGAGUCGACCGGCUCUGGACACACAUCUGGUGCGGAUGAAUUCUCCGAUAAAGAAGACAUCUCCGAGGCCUCAUCAAUCGAUGAAUCUGAUGAGGAAGUUCAAAAAAGUAAGUGACCCCGAACAUUAAAAUAACUUCCAGUUAAAUCGCUAAAUAUGGAUACAUAUCGAAAAACUUGCGAAAGCUUUAUGGACAAGACUCCAGAACAGUUCGCCCAAGAGCAUAAUCUAAUAUUGAACACGGGUUCCAAGAUGGACGACUCCAGUGUCUUGGCCAUCGCCAAGGACAAGGUCAUGUUCCAACAAAGACCGGCCUCCAACUCGUCCCUUUUCUCUGUAAAUCUCGGGAAAAUGAGAUCAAUGAGACUGUUCUUUUCCAAUCCCGACUGCACGAGUGGUCAAUUGGUCAUAGCGAGCAAUGAAUCUCAAUAUAAAAUUCUACAUUUCCAUCAUGGAGGAUUAGACAAACUAGCCAAACUAUUCGAACAAUGGAACGCUCUCAAAUCUAAGUCAGUGAAAGACGUAAGUUUCUACCACAAAAAUGAAAUUCCGACUCAUAGGGAUCCCCAUCUCCUCUACCUGACAGACAGUUACUCAUAUCUCAACCUGAAGUCAGUCGGACAGAACUGGACCCAGAAGACGGACUCUAUGAUCGGGUCACUUUAGAGUUUUGGAAGACUUACAUGAACAAAGAUGGGUCCAUCGACGACAACUUCACUAUUAGGAAAGCUAUUUACUUCGCUUCGAUGGACGCCUCAGUCAGGAAAGAAGUGUGGCCGUUUUUGCUAAGAGUCUACACCUGGAAUUCAACGUUUGAACAGAGGGAAACGGUCAGGAAUGACCUCUUCUUGGAGUAUCAAAAAAUAAAGAAGAAGCGGUAAGUGAAGGAAAACCUAUGGUAUCCCUUUAUUUAGCAUGAAGAAGAUGAACUCCAAUCCAAAAAGCUCCUUGAUCACUGUUGAAAGUACAAUUUGGAAGGAUGUAGUACGAACGGACAGAUGUAAUCCGUACUUUGCUGGAGAAAAUAAUCCAAAUUUGGAAGUUAUGAAGUGAGUCAAAUGAAAAAAAUCGAUGGUAGAUAAGUCGUGAAAAAUUGUAAACAAAUAUUUUUUUGGCAUUUUGUUACAAAUUGAAGAUUUCCAUCUUUUUACUGCACAGGGGACUCGGAUUUACUUAUAAGUAAAAUUUUUUACUUAUAUUUACCAAUAACUUACAUAUAAGUUAAAAAGGGCGGGGCUUAUUUAUUUUUACUUAUAUUUACGUUUAUUUACUUAUAUUUACAAAUAGCGGUACUUAUAUGUAAAAAACGGCGGAGCUCGUUCAUUUUUACUUAUAUGUACAUAUAUGAGCCUUGAAAAGAAAACUUUUGAGCGUCAAAGACGCUUUUUGGUUUCUGCACGCGUUGGCCGGACUUAGAAAAAUUCUAGUUUUUGGAGCGCCAAAGAACGUAUCUCAACCUCGGACCGAAUAAAGUAAGAUGCUUGUAGUCAGUUUUUUUUCUUUUACAGGAGGACAGAGUACUCAGAUCAAAAGUCGCGAACGUGAGAACCUUCCAGAGCACGGAGCAUGAUAACGUCAAACUUCACGCAGUUCCAAAAAAUCUAUAAACAAGCACUAUGAGGCAGGAAUUUGGAUGAAGAAUUGUUUGCUCAAACUUGGUAGGUGUUUUUUUAAACUGCUUUCACAUUUCAUAAAUCCAAAGAUUUUUCCAGACAUAGUUUUGCUAUGUUGUACUAGGUCCAGGUGAAGCCUCUAGGUUUCAGAUUAUCGAAAAAUUGGUCGUGGAGGGUAGUAAAUGGACAAUACACACGAUCCCGGAAAAAUGGCACUCGGAUGAUUCAGGUAUGUUGAGAAUAUUCACCUGGACCUAGUACAACAUGAAAAACUUGGUGUCUCGAAAUUUCAUUUACAAACUUGGUGAACCUAAAACUAAUUUUUUCGGGGUGAAGAAGCACAAACAAUUGAGAAGGGCUUAUAGUAAAUAUCGUCGAGCGACCUUAUCUUCUUUAUUUGUUACUAUUUUCAGUGAAUGCAGACGCAGAAGUCCCCAUAGAAGAUCACGAAAGCAAGCAAUUGAUGCCUCAUAAGGACAAAAACAGACACAGGAUGCGUUAUCCACAUGUAUUUGUUGUUUUUGAGAAUCAAAAUAAACGUUUAUAAUAUAAUUUGCACUGUGCAUAAUUCUGGGUUACAAAUAAGUAAAAUAUCCUUAUUGGUAAAUAUAAGUAAAAAAUCCUUAUUUGUAAAUAUAAGUAAAUUUGUGGAGCGCCGAAAAUAAAGUUUACAUAUAAGUAAUUUCAGAAUAACUUAUAUGUACGAUUAUUUACUUAUAUGUACGUUUAUUUACUUAUAUAAACUUCAAUUUCAUAUAAGUAAAAAAGACGUACAUAUAAGUAAAUCCGAGUCCCCUGUGUGUGCGUUUGUUCCAGGGACAUCUUGCUGAACUAUGCUUCAGUCUACCCAGAGAUCAACUACAUCCAGGGUAUGUCGGAUCUCCUAGCUCCAAUCCUGGCCACCUUGAAGAACGAAUCAGAUUCCUAUUGGUGUUUUUCUGGUUUGAUGCAUCAAACUCUCUUCUGCACUACUGCCAAUGCCGAAACGAAUGCCAUGGAAAUGAAUUUGGAAUAUCUGAGGGAAUUGAUGAAGUUGUUGGAGCCGAAAUUCUUCCAAUAUCUUGUCUAUCUAGGAGGCGAUGCUCUUCAAUUGAUGUUUGUUCAUCGCUGGUUAUUGCUAUUCUUCAAACGAGAAUUCCCGGAAUCAGAUGCUCUCCAUAUUUGGGAGGCAUGCUGGUCGAUGUACAGGACAAAAUUCUUUCAUUUGUUUGUGGCUGUCGCCAUCGUCAGCAUCUACGGGCCUGACGUCAUAUCUCAGGGCUUACCACACGACGAGAUCUUACUGUACUUUUCGAGUUUGGCUAUGCACAUGGAUACUGCAGUUGUUUUAAAGAAGGUAAGGCCUUCAAUCAAUUUUAUUUUAUGUUCUCAGGCCCGAGGUCUCUUGUACAACUUUUAUCGUCUUGAUCGGAUCCCGUGUACAUUAGCCGAUUUGAUGGAUCAUGAUGCUUCUACGGAACAAUGGAGCAGUCAUAUGCCUCAACAUAUAUUCGAAUGUACCAGAGUCCACGGCCAGAACGAACCCUGUCCCUUCGCCAAUCAGGCUUGA